CUGGUUGUGGCCGCCGUGAGAGAAAGGAACAGCACUCUCUCUCGAUGGAAAUAAGGCGAACCGGAUGUUCUAGCCUUAUCUCUUUUGUCUCUUGCUUCUCUACUCUAGAGACGGAAAGCUCAGUAAGACUAAAACAACCUGAUUGAAACGGUCGCUUAUACAUUUCGCUGUCGCUCCUACGGAUUUAUCUGUGAUGUGUUUACCUGAGUUUUAAUAAUAGUGUCAUAUUUAGUGUUUUGUUUCCUUUUUCCCUACUUACCAACAGUUGAAUUAUGCUUCUGCGAUUUGAUUCUACGUUGGCUCAGCACGGUCCGAUGACAUGGAUCCCGUCCGGUUCGUCUUCUAGUACCGAUCGAUUCUUACCGCCUCUACCAGUGCUGGCUCAUCUUCCUCCGCCAUAUUCUCUCUUGUUCCCGCCUCCUCCGGCCGCUGAAAUGGAAGAAACAGACCCGUCGCCUACUGCGCACAAACCCUGUCUGGCAGCCAAACGGCCCUUAAUGGCCCCUUACAGCGAAGCGGCUAAAGCCUUACUCAGUUCACCUCUUCCGCCUGAAUUGGUCGUCGACUUUAAAGGUUGCAGCACGUCGUCGACAGCGUCGCCUACCAUUUCGCUGCGCAAUUCAACUUCGGAAAAUAACGUUCAUCACCUUCCAGCCGAGAGUGGCGAUCGAAGAUUGGACGGAACCGGAUCCAAUCUCGCUUGCCGGACACUCAGCGAUGGUGCUCGGAAGAGUUAUGCCCGUCGCAAACUGGAAUCAGAGGACUCGAGUUACGAUUCCGAUUACGAGUGUUCCGAUAGCCUUAACUUGGCAUUGACAGGUCUGUCAGGUGACCUUAUCCAAUCGGUUGCGGGUGUGGCUCAACAGCACGAAGACAUUUCCCGGACUGUGUCCGACACCCUGGCCGCCGAGUUCAAUGAAUACGUCUGCAUCUACAAUCCGUCUUUCCAGAGGUUGAAGGAAACGGCACGCGAUGAUUCCGACGACUCCGACGAGAGUCCCCUCGCCUGUGCCACUGACCCGUCUUAUUCGAAUCGGGUCGAAUUUGCCUUAAAAUUAGGUUAUACCGAGCAGCAAGUUCAAAAAGCUUUGGUCAAAUUGGGGCAACCAACCCAGAAUGAACUUUUGGCCGAACUCAUUCGUUUGGCAUCUCUAGCCGGACCAGGGUCGACGGAAGGAAUCGAAUCACAGUCGGAUUGUGUUCGAUCGCAUCGUCCAUUGUCCAUCACUAGUUCAGAUGAGGCGGUGCUAAGGCAUGUCGUCAUCGAUGGAAGCAACGUAGCCAUUAGCCAUGGCAACAAGGAAAUUUUCUCAUGUCGAGGAAUCCAGCUGUGUGUAGACUGGUUCCGCGCCAGAGGUCACCGUGAAAUAACCGUCUUCGUUCCCAUGUGGCGGAAAGAAACGUCUAAAAUUGACGCGCCCAUAGCCAAUCAAGAGAUUUUGCUGGAAUUGGAAAAGGAACGAAUGCUGGUUUUCACUCCGUCAAGGCAAGUCGGUGGCCGUCGUUUGGUUUGCUACGACGAUCGGUACAUUUUACGAUUGGCGGCCGAGACGGACGGCAUUGUCGUAUCCAACGACAACUACCGCGAUCUGGUGUCUGAAAACCCAGAAUAUCGAAAGAUAGUCGAAGAGCGCAUCCUGAUGUACUCGUUCGUUAACGAUCGGUUUAUGCCGCCUGAAGAUCCUUUGGGUCGUAAUGGACCCAAGCUGGAUCGCUUCCUGCGCAAACUUCCAGCCAAGGGAUCCGCAGAAGCUACUGCCCCUCCGUGUCCGUAUGGCAAAAAAUGUACCUAUGGAAACAAGUGCAAAUAUUAUCAUCCGGAGAGAGGCAAUGUCCCUCAGAAAACCAUCAGCGAACGGUUGGCCGAGCAGACGGUGGCAAGAAAAAUCCGCGAAUCUUCUCCGACAUGCAAAACGUUUAGUCUUCCGUUGACGAAAAAUUUUGCCAGCCCAACGGCCGGCAAACCGCCCAGUCCUGUGAAGAAAACGCCACUCGCACGGACGAAAUCAAUCGUGCCAACACUGUCACUUCUUCCUCCGGAAUUGACUGAAGAGAGACCAGUUCAAGACGGCCCUAAGCCGGAAGAGGCCGACACAAGGGCGCCUAUUCUCAAGAGCCGCAGUGUAGAAAACAUGGCCCGGCUUUCGCCAGUUCGGUCAGUGAUCCAAGCACAACAGCAAAUCCCUCACGGUCUAAUGCUUCACGCUCCUCCACCCGCUUUCUCCGUCCCUCCGCCACCAAUGACCAUGGAUGGAUUCGGAAGCAACAGUAUUAACUGGAACAGAAGCGGACAUGUCCCCUUGGGCCAACAGUUAUCAGAUCCGCCCUCCGUGACUUCUUCCAGCGGGGUAGAAGAGCCCGACGACUCUGCUCGACCUAAUCCGCACCGGAAGGUUCAACGUCAGCUGACAUUGAAUCCAUUGAACCCAGCAUGCGAUCCGCGAUUGUACACCUUAAAGGGCUUGGCUCCGCCUUAUCCGCCUCCGCCCAUUUCCGUCCAUUCGAUCGUCACUCGCAACGCAUCCGCUCCGGCACCAACGUCUCAACUUCACGCUCGCUCCCAUCCACAUGUGCAACCCGCAGGAUCCAACAAUCACAUGCAACGACUGAACAGCACAUCCGACACACAACUUAAUUUAUACGGGGCUGCUGCUGCUGCGUCGGCGGCCAUGCCCGGCUCGCAAGACUGGAGCUCACAGGGUCUGACAGAUCCUUUUGACGAAUGGACCAACUCUCCUCCUCCGCCAUUACCACCCGUUCAGCCGUCUCAACACAUGCAUCAACAACAACAUUCUUGGGCCAGCCGAACUUCCAGUCUGCCAGCUCAUCAACACCUGUCUUCAUCGCCGGUGCAAGCCUUCAACGAGAACGGGCCCAACAGUAAAAGCGAAGCACGUUACAAGCUCUUUUAUCACUUGGCUGCCAUCUUUCCUGAAGAGCAGGUGCGACAAGUGAUGUCACUGAUGCCUGACGAAACAAACGCCCAGAAAAUCUGCGCUGCCAUUUUGGCACUGUACCCCAAAGACAAUUAGGUCGAUCGGCAUCAAUUAAAUGCGUCAAAAAGUAUGUGCGUCCUAUUUCAAGUGUCUGUUCCCCGACAUCAGUAUUCGAUGCUGGGGAUUCAAGAUCGUCCUGAAGAGAAGUUCCUCCGUGGACUGUCAAAUGCCAUUAAAUGUGAAUGCCACUUUUGUUUAGUGACUUUGUUUGACAGUUUGGUUUGCCUCUUUCCAUAUGUUUGGCUCUUUCAAGUCUUGAACUUGACGAGAGCGUCGAAGAGCUCAGUUCAGUACUUGUCCAAUCCUUGUUGAAAGCGGCAUUGUAUAUUCCGUGGAUCAAGACUAUAAUCGUUUAUUUAUCCUGGAAAAAUCUCCGCUUUUGGGUCAAGUUUUAUUUACUACGAUACUGUGUAUCGUGGAAGUCUAUAUAAUUAUCUAUAUAUACUUGGUAUGAGGGGUUUUCACCCUGUCUUUCUCUCGUUCUCUACAAAUUUGGCUCUCUCCUUCUCCUGUUUACUUAUUUUUAAAAAAAUUUCGACAAUGUAUUAUGCCCAUCUUGAUUGAAUUAAAAUCGAUACACAUUUG